CAUUUCUCUGAAGAGGGGAACGCUUGUUUUGUGUUGCACCCCCAUAAAGCGGUGGUAUCGUCCACUCUCACGGAAACGCCGGCUCCAGCCAAAACUCCGGCAAAAGAGAAGCAGGUGGAACUGAGACAGUAGUGAGAGUGUGACUGAAAGUGGAAAAGUGCUCACAGCCUGGCAAACAUCAGCACGCUGUCAGAAACGCUGGACAAGCUUCAUUGCUUAGAUUUGAAUGGACAAGGCAGCCAGAAGUAUACAGCCCAGCUAGUGAAGCCCAGUAAAGGUGCCGUGAUGCCUGUGAAGAAGAGGAAGCUGCCUGAUGCAGAUGACCAUGAGCAGAAUUGUAAAAUUACGAGUUUUACCCGACCUCUGAUCCGCGGUCCGAGGCCAAUCAACACUGAGAAGCCUUUUUCCAGUAAGAAGUGCCUGGCCUGGUUCCACAAGUACGCUGCCCCCGACAAGGUGUUCGGCCCAGAGGCCAUGGAGAACUUCUGUGAGGACAUCGGCGUGGAACCGGAGAAUAUUAUCAUGUUAGUUUUAGCGUGGCAUCUAGAAGCAGCAAACAUGGGGUACUUCACAAAAGACGAGUGGCUCAGGGGAAUGACGAUAUUACAGUGUGACUGCACAGAGAGAUUACAAAGCAAACUUGAUUACCUGCGCAGUGAGCUCAACGAUGCUGCAACCUUUAAAAAUAUCUACAGAUACGCCUUUGACUUUGCCAGAGAUAAGAACCAGAGGAGUUUGGACAUGGACACGGCAAAAUUAAUGCUGGCUCUGCUGCUGGGGAGGUCAUGGCCACUCUUCCCAGUCUUCAGCCAGUUCCUGGAGCAGUCCAAGUACAAGGGAUUGAAUAAAGACCAGUGGUAUAAUGUUCUGGAGUUCAGCCGGACCAUCAACCCAGACCUCAGUAACUACGAUGAGGAUGGAGCUUGGCCGGUGCUUCUAGACGAGUUCGUGGAAUGGCGAAGAAGUUGGUCGGCUUCAUAGCAUUAACAACCACAAAAACAAAAGGAUGAAGAGGGAGAAAACUGAGAACCCAGGAAGGAGUCUGUUUGGAAAAAGGUUUCAUCCACACAUACACAGAAAUAUGGAGUACAACCUCGUCCCUGUGGACCUUCGAAUCCCGUUGGAGGCGUCUGUGCACCAUCGUCCAAAUGCUAAGAGGCCUUCCUCCUGCUGAGAAGACUUUUUUUUUUUUUUUUUUUUAUAGUGUUAAUUUCAAGAAAAGAAACUGUCAGAGGGAAAAAGGAACUGAGAAGAGCUGUGGAAUUUAUGUUAAAUGUUUGUUUUUUUCCCCCCAUUUUUGUGUCUUGUUUAUAGAAGUUUUCACAGUAAUAAAAAGGAAAUGGAAAUUCAUCAAGCUGCAGAGCCCAGGUUUCAUUCGCCACUCCUGCACCGUGUUUUCACACUAAUGCAGUGGUUCUUAACCUUGUUGGAGGUACCGAACCCCACCAGUUUCAUAUGCACAUUCACUGAACCCCUCUUUAGUGAAAAAUAAAAUAUGAUUUUUUUUUUUUUUUCCCAAAUUCAAGACAUAGAUAUGUUUUUUACUGGUGCACAAAAUGAGCCGUGCAUGUCACGGCAGAGGCUCUGCCGAACCCCUAGGGUUCGAUCGAACCCAGGUUAAGAACCACUGCACUAAUGCAUGCAGAAACUGGUCAGCCUGAAGAAUUUAUUUACCAUUUCUUUUUUAGGUGUCAGUCCAGCAACCCCUGAGCAGAUACAGCAGUUAUCCCUUUACCUCCUAACACUUCUUAUUAGGCCACAUCCUGCCAGAUAACCAGCACCUAACCUGCUAGAAGCAAGUCUCACCACUCUACAGCUAUCCUGAAACCCCUCUGGGCAGUUAAAUUAGUGAAUGUUUUAAAUAACCUUAAAGGUACUUUCUAAAAUGACCAGCUGCAAAUGUCAACUAAAACUGUGACCAGCAGGGGGAGUUGUUUCCCCAGAGCUCAUAAUGUUUCACAUUUCAAUUUCUUCUUGGACUUCCCCACAUUUACUCACGAGACUCUUUCACCACUGUAAAUAAGAAUAUAUUCUUAGCUGGUUAACUCUUACUGUUCAUGUUGUAUGCCUUGCACAGUAUGAUCUGGGCCCUACAACAAAUUUUGAACUGCACAUCAAUUUAGACUGUGUAAACCAGCGGUACCCAACCCCUGGGUCUGUGAGUCAUUUGGUACCAGGGUUGUUGAGGCUCGGGUGUGAAAUGAAUGGUUUUCAGGGUUUUUAUUGUUAACUCUGUUUCCCUGGGUCUUUUCCCGUGUUGUAGUUGUGUGUAUUAUUUUGAAAGAAUUAUUUACGCGUUACCGUAGCGACCAGAGAGCAUUAAGGGGCCAAGAGGAGGAUGUUACUCUCAAUGUUGUUGGCGCAUUUUAGGAGGAUGCUGUUAAUAAAGUUACAAAAUUA